UCGCUGCGCGAGGCGCCGCGUGACGGCCGAAGAAACGUUCGGUGCGCCCGUCCGCAUCGGGCAGGCGGCCAAUGGGAGGCGGGAACGGGGUGACGAGCGGCGGGAGGAGCCAAUGGCGCUGCCGGGGCGGGGUGAGCUGAAAAGCUUGAAAAUGGCUCCACUACCCAAUGCUGAAUUAGUUCAGAACUCUCUGCAGUUAUAUCGUUAUUUGCUCCGAUGCUGUAAGCAGCUUCCUGAAGAGAAUAUUCGUCAGCAUUACAAACAUGCAAUCAGGCAGAGUUUCAAAGUUCAUGCUGAUGAAGAUGAUCCUGAGAGAAUACGGCAAAUUAUUAAAAGAGCCAUUGAGGAUGCUGACUGGAUCAUGAACAAAUAUAAAAAGCAGAAGUAGAAGAAGGAUGAAGUCAAGAAUGUCAUUGAUGCAUGUCCCUCUGACCCUAAUUUCUAAACUCUUCAGGAAAGACUCCAUUCAGCUGAGUUCUAUACACUCAAUGGCAUUAUCACUGAAAUGUGCAACUUAGUACAGGUAUAAAGGCUUUCGCAUCUUUUUGAAUUGUGUAAUAAACACCCUUUAAAAAUGGUAGUCUAUGUUCUUUUUAAAAAGACAAUUUCGUUGCCCAAAUAAAUUUUCAUUGGUAAAAACUCAAAAAAAAAAAAAACCUCAAAAAAAACCCCACAAAAACCACAAAAAAACACUAGAUAUAUUAAUGAAAUUUAGGGAUGCAAAGGUUUCCUUUCACAGUAUCGUAUCGUCUUUUUAGCUGUACUUGAAACUUUUUGCCUCCAGAUGGCAGCGUGUGCUGCUGUAAAUGCAGGAAGUCCUGAGUAUUUGAGGGUUAGAUUUGUUUGUUUUUACUGUUUCCAAAUUGCUGAGCUUAUUCACCUGCAGAAAUAAAACUCAAGUGCUAAAUGUGGUCUGUUCUGGGCUCCAGAUUUUAUUUUUUCAUUCAGCCAUGAAAGAAACAAUCCUAGUUCCAAGUGAUCAAACAGAAUUUCAGGCAAGUAGAAGAAAUCAAGGCCAUAAUGUGCAAGUUUAUACCAUAAGGUAUUAACAUUUUUUGUUCAUAUCUACUCAUUUUAUACCAUACUCAUCAGGCAUUUCUUUGCUUUGUUAUUCUGUCUUCUGCCAUCUUCAUUGUCUUCUCUGGCCUUUCAUCUUCCACUUCAUCUUAUACGUCUUCUAUUUUUGUAGCUUCUCUUUUAUAUGUACUUUAAUUCUGAUCUCUCUCAUCUUGUCCCUUGGCCUCAAUUCUUUCUCCUUCCCAGAUACUUUUCUGAUAUUUGUAGGUACAUCAGAAGAUACUCAGGUAUUAAAUAGAAGGCAUUCUUCUGCUUAAUUUCAAGUAAUAAUGAAGCUAGCAGAAUGGAUGCAGGUUUUUUCUACCUAUGGGGAAAACUACUUAAAUACAUUUUUGGAAAGUGCAGCUGUUUGUCAUUCCAGUGUAGUUUGAUGCAAGGUAGAACACAAUAUUUCAGCCCUGACAUUUGACAAGGAGUAUAUAGUAUGAAAACAAACACAAAUAGAAAAGCUCAAACAGGUUUGAAGAUAGACAUAGGAAUGUGUUAUCUUUAAUCAAGAGCAAAAAAAAAACAGCUGACCAGUAUAGAGGUGCAGUGGCAGCUUUAUUUCAGUAUAAUAUCAAAAGCAUCGAGACUCAGUAGCAGUAGCAAUGUAUUGAAACAUACUGCUUUCCCAAAAUUUAGGUGUCAUUUGCUCAGUAACCCUCCAUUGCUUUGUUUCAUACUACAUAAAGUUGGAUGUGUUUUGCUCUGUUAAUAAUUUGGUUUAUAUAUAUAAAUAAUAAUAAUAAUUAAUAAUCAACUCUUAAAUAAUUUAUAUUAUUCUUACAUACAUAGUGUUUAAUUUGUGAACCACUCAACAGGGAGUUCACCAAGGAGCUGUAAGAUGUAACCGUGGCAUCUGUGCAGUUCCAAAAGUUUGAGGUGCCAGAUGAGAUCUGGGAAUAUCAGACCAGAGGUACGAGAGUUGUAAUUGUUAUAGCAGACCUGGAACUGUAAAUUUUGGAAACUGGUAGAAUAUGUACUACCUUGUAUGGUGUAGAGAGAGAACAUGGUUAAGGCAGGAGCCAGAAUUUGUUUUCAAAAUUAGAAACCUGUGAUGUGAAGAUAAGUUUAUUUACACUGCUAGGGAGCAGGUAAUAUUUUUAUAGUGGGAGAGAUAAUGCAAACAACUAUUUAUUUCCUUGUAAUAGUGAAAGUGACCCCUAAGACAGAAGUGUUUCUCUAAUGACUGGACAUGCAGGUGUAUAGCUGAGGCUUUCCUGCUUUCAAGACAUAAAACAUUCUCUUCUUCAGUAGCAUAAUUUGAGGUGAAAUACAUUGUUUUACUCAAAAUAUAGAUGAGAAUUUGAACUCAGAAACAAAAUCUGAGCAGAGAUCAAUACUUCAGACCAAAAUUGUUAUCCAGAAAAGUUUCUUAUCAGAAGUCACUAGACUGUGGAAGUGCCCUAAACUGUACCUUUCACUCCCUGUUUGACCUGAGAGUUUGUACAGUAAAUUGAAUUUUCUUCAGCUCUGUGCCUUUCUGCUUUCUGCAGCCCUGCCUGUUUCCUGAGAUAUCCCCUUUUUCCACCAGUCUCUUAAUGCAGUGUUAAUGUGCUGUGCUAAAGAUUCUUUCAAUUGCUGUGAGCAGACCCAUUGUGGGAAAGUCUUGUACAGUCAUAUACAUCCCUUGAUUUCUACUGCUCGUGUGGGGGAACUUAAUUGUUAAGUCUCAGCCAGGGUCCUCUGCUGGUGAUUGCAAAGAAAAUAUCAGCACCAAAUAGAUUCAUACAUUUGUGUUUUUGUAUUCAGCCAUGUAGAAUUUUUGAAAAUAGAGAUGUUGGGUGUAAGUUAAUAUAUUGCAUCAACAAUUCAAUGAGAAGUUAGAGCAGUUUUUGUUGUUGACUUUGCAAAUAAGGCCAAGCCUUUUCUGGUUAUUGGUUCCUUAUUUCAGUAAAAAGAAACCCAAACCUAUUUCUGUACUUCUAUAUCAUGCCAUUUCUGGUAAGUAAUGGACUGUUGAUAGGUAUAUGCAGUAACUGAACUUCAAAGCCCCAUGUUUCUCUGGGCCCAGCAAAGUAAACAUUGAGUUACCAAUGCUGCUUUCAUCAGUUUUCAUUGUAUUUACAAAUUAACAGCUACUUUCUGGAAACAGUUUUGCAGCUGGUUACUAUCAGAUCUUAAGUCAAUAACUUCUAAGUAUUUCUUUCUGCUGGGGGGUGGGUGGCCUUGUCUGUACAUAGCCUUUGAACAGUUAACUCUGACAGUUAUGCUACUGACAGGGUUUCAUAGGAGGAUUGUGCAAAGCAAAUAUUAGAACAAAGAAAAAGACGAUUAUGAGAUUUCUGUUUGAUACAUUGGGUAAAUUACUUUUAAUUUUUGAAGUAUGGAGAAGGAGCUUGUUUGGCUCACAUUUCAGAUAUGGAAAUUGAUAAACAAAUUCUUAGUAAUUAGUUCCAGGUUAUAGACUUACAAUAUUGAGUCUAAGGAUAGAACCAAAUUUGAUGCUUCCCUUUCUCUCUCUCAGAAAUAUUGGUUGAAAACUUAUGGAAAACAUCUGUACAACAUAAAUAUGGAAAUGACAUAUCUCCAAAGACUGUAACAACUGAUAAUUUACUAGUGAGUUAGUUGAAACAUUUUGUUUAGUCAGUAAAUUCUUGCUCUUAACCCCAGGGAUAUGUUUUGAAGGAUCUGCUUUUGAUUACCAGCCUCAGAGCCUCAUGCAGAAGCUUUCUGUUUAGUCUUUCCUUUUUUCAGUUUGUUGACGUUGGAUUUUGGUACUUACAUAGAUUGUGAAUGUGUGAUCUGUCUAAAGUACAGGAAAAUAUUCAACACUUUCCAUACUUAAAAAGAUGUAUGUCUUUCUGAUCUUAUUUUUGUGCCAGAUACUGAUCUUGGUUCAUUCUUGUCACUGAGAGUUAUUUGAGUCUUCUGUGUACUGAAUAAAUACUUCCAUUUCAAGACA